CUUCACGAUUCGUGUCUCUGCGUAAGCAGGAAGGUGCAAAGAACUGGGAAGUCCAGUCACUGGCGAACAGUUGAUCGUGUGAGAAGUGUCACUGUCAACCCCGAUCAGUUUUUCCAGUUGUCAAGAUUCAGCGUGAACGACGAUUGUCAAUUCGAAGAGAUAAUGUUGCGGAUAUAUUUACUUAUAAUCAUCGCAAGUGCUGUGACAGCACAGGUACCAUUCUUGGGUUCGUGCCCCAACGUGGAAACCACACAGAACUUCGAUAUGAAAAGGUAUUUGGGAAAGUGGUAUGAGAUCGAGAAGUACUUUGCAUUCUUCGAGUUCGGUGGAAAAUGCGUGACUGCUACUUUCAAUAUAACGGACGACAGCAACUCGAUCAACAUUUUGAAUAAGCAGAUAUCUUCUUUGACUGGAGUUUCUUCAAGUAUCGAAGGUGUUGGGAAACCUGUUCUUAAAGUGGAAGAAGCAAAAUUGAGUGUUUCGUUCCCGAGUAUGCCUCUUCCAAUAGAUGCACCUUAUUGGAUUCUUGAUACCGACUAUACAACUUAUGCAGUCGUAUGGAGUUGUUCGAAUUUCGGUGUGUUCAGUACGAGGAACGUCUGGAUUUUAGCAAGAGAACCAAAGCCACCGGUUUCUGUUUUAGAAAAAGCUUAUCAGAUAUUGGAUAAAAAUAAUAUAAGUAGAGCGUAUUUCAUUCGUACAGAUCAGAAGAACUGUCCUAUAGGGAACUGAAUAAUAAUAAUAUUUCAUUAAAUAUCAAAGCACAUUUAUUUCGUUCAAAACAGCGUAGUUUUGUUUCAUUGUAAAAUACAUUAUGACGUAUCUUUGAAGUCAAUAGGUUUUGAAAAUCACCAAUUCCUGUGACUGUACGUUCAAUCUGAUCCGUGAUCAUUUAGUUAUUGAUCUUUAGCUGUAAUGUGAAAUGCAUGUGAUUUACUUUAUUGAUCGUUCAUAAAGAAAAUUAGUAAUUUGGAUACAAUUAUUUAUAUUCGUUAAUUUUAUAGAAUCAAACAAGUUUUUAAUGCUUUUGAUAUUUGACUUAACUUUUUUUUACAAAUUUAUGUCAAUUGUCGAGAAGUUUUCAAUGAAUAAUUAUUCGUUUAAAUUGAAAUUAAACUGUGCUAAAAUUUCUAUCCAUGUUAGAAACUAAAAGGGCAAUUUUUGAUACUGUAUUUUAGAAUAACGCGUUGUUAUAUUUAUUUUAUUUAUUUAUUUAUAUUGUAUUAAAUGAAGUGACACUAAAAUGUGUGAUAAUAAACAAUUAUUUAUCGA